UCAUUGAAACGUGAUCAGUGGUUCCUGAGUUUCGUCAAGUUAAAACAACCAAAAAAGAAACAUGAAUCCUAGAUGUUCUGUUCUCGAAAUAAAAGUACAGAGCCAGCCGAGGAAAAGAAGUGUAGGGGUUUUCCUCAAUAAAAUCUUCAUAACACACUGCCUUUUAAUGUGCAGAUUAAUUUAUAUGAAUGCGAUUUGUAUCACCCGCUGUCUGGAUUGUCUAACCAUUAUUGUGAAAUGCUGUAGACGGAAGUUAAGUUAUGUUAUUGUGUGAAACUUGAUGCCGGUGUGAGCCGGACACUGAUGCGGAUCUUCGGCUUCAGACUUCAGAGAGAAGUUGAGACGUGCUGACGCUACUGAUCAUUGAGAUUGAACUGGAAGGAUUGUGAUGGAGUACCGGGUUCUCCUUGGGGUUCAUCAGCCCCGUCCCAUCCAGCUUAUGCUACCUCUGAUGCUUCUUGUCAUCCUGCCGGCAGUAGUUUGGGCAGAGAACCAAGACUACUACAAUCUGCUGGGAGUCAGCAGAGAGGCCACAACCAGAGAGAUACGAAGGGCCUUCAAGAAGCUGGCGCUCACCAUGCACCCAGACAAAAACACUGGUGACCCCUCAGCACACGAGAAGUUUCUGAAGGUGAAUAGAGCCUACGAGGUUCUGAAAGAUGAAGAACUUAGGAAGAAAUAUGAUAAAUAUGGAGAAAAGGGUUUGAAUGAGGAGCAGCAGGGUGGACGCUAUGAGAGCUGGAACUACUACAGAUAUGACUUUGGUAUCUACGAUGAUGAUUUGGAGAUUAUCACGUUGGACAGUGGGGACUUUGAAGCAGCGGUGAACUCUGGAGAAGUCUGGUUCAUCAACUUCUACUUCCCACGAUGUUCACAUUGUCACCAGCUGGCUCCGACUUGGAGGGAUUUUGCAAAGGAGAUGAAUGGAGUCAUCAGGAUUGGAGCAGUGAACUGUGGAGACAACAACCGUCUUUGCAAGAGAAAAGGCAUCAACAGCUACCCGAGUCUGUUUAUAUACAGAACAGGACAGAAACCAGAAAAGUUUAAUGGGGAGCGUUCAAAAGACAACCUGGUCCGCUUCUCCAUGCAGUUCAUCACAACCACUGUCACUCAGCUAUGGCAAGGUAACGUAUUCAAGGAGAUUGAGAGUGCAUUCGCGUUGGGGCUCGCCUGGCUGAUCACCUUCUGCUUUGACACUGGAGAUUGCCUGGAGCCAAGAACAAGACAGAAAGUGGCUGGAAUGUUGGAUGGCCUAGUUAAGGUGGGAUGGAUGGACUGCACCUCAGAGGAGCAACUCUGUAAUAGUUUCCAGGUGACCAGUGGAGUGACUGCUUUAUUCCCAUCUGAAAGUUCUCUGGAUCAACCAGGCAGUGUACUGUGGCUGAAUACGCUGGACAGUAAAGAGAUUUACAGUCAGGUCAUCAAUCAUCUCCCUGAUCUGCAACUUCUGAGCAGUGAGAACUUCCAGAGGAAGCUAGCCCAUCAUCGCUGGCUGGUGAGUUUUACGUUUGGAGAAAGAAGCCCCACCUCCAAUGAGUAUAAGAAGCUACCAGCUUUCCUCAAAAAUGACCACAUACAGGUUAGCAGAGUGGACUGUAUUGCAGACUCAGAGCUGUGUCAGUCUCUCUACAUCCAUAAACCCUGUGUCGCCGUCUUUAAAGGACUGGGAAUCCGUGACUUUGAGAUCCAUCAUGGUAAAGAUGUGUUGUACAACAUCGUGAGUUUUGCAAGGGACAGUGUCCGUGCUCAUGUGACGACUCUGACACCAGAAAACUUUCCUUCAGACAGAAAAGACGCCUGGCUGGUUGACUUCUUUGCUCCGUGGUGUCCUCCAUGCCAAGCCUUACUGCCUGAACUGAGAAAAGCUUCAAUUCAGCUGGCUGGCCAGAUGAAGUUCGGUACUUUGGACUGUACCAUACAUCACAACCUGUGCUCUAUGUAUAAUAUUCAGGCUUAUCCCACCACAAUUAUCUUUAACGGGUCGUCUGUUUAUGAAUAUGAAGGACAACAUUCAGCUGACGGUAUCCUCGAGUUCAUACAGGAUCUGAUCGAUCCAUCUGUAGUGGUCAUGGAUCCUUCCAGCUUCACACAGAGAGUGAAAGGUAGAGCUGAAGGACAGAUUUGGGCUGUGGAUUUCUAUGCUCCAUGGUGUGGUCCCUGUCAGGCUCUGAUGCCAGAGUGGAGACGCAUGGCCAGGCUGCUUUCAGGUCAGAUCUUGGUUGGUUCAGUUGACUGUCAGCAGUUUCAGUCAUUCUGUCAGAGUCAGAAUGUAAGGGCAUACCCUGAAAUCCGUCUCUACUCCAGCAGCACCCGGCAGCCAGAUCGCUACAUGAGUUAUAAUGGUUGGCACAGAGAUGCUCAUUCACUGAGAGCAUGGGCACUCAGCUCUUUACCCAGAGCAUCGGUGGACCUGACUCCAGAGUCCUUUAGGUCUCAGGUUCUGUCAGGUCAGGAUCACUGGGUUCUGGAUUUUUAUGCUCCUUGGUGUGGACCCUGUCAACAUUUUGCCCCAGAGUUUGAGGUCCUAGCUCGGAUUCUUAAAGGGGAGGUUCGGGCAGGGAAGGUGGACUGUCAGGCACAUCAUCAGACCUGUCAAUCAGCUGGAAUCACCGCAUACCCAACCGUCAGAUUCUACCCAUACCUGGGUGCAAAGAGGCUUGAACAAAAUGGAGAACACAUUAGUAGUCGGGAUGCUAACAUGAUUGCUGACAUCAUCAGACAGCAACUGCAACGCCUGUCACCGCGCUUACAUGCAAAACCAAAGGAUGAACUCUGAUGAUCUUGGGGUAAUGACCUGCAGUCUGAUUGAUCAGGGAGAGACCAACCAUUUUGGAUUUGAUCAACCAGUAAAUACUCUGUGAUAAGAUCACAGCUGUAACACACACAGGCAGACAGACAGAGGCUGGGUGUCACCUUCUGUGUUGAAUGUACUGAAUUCUUCUACCUUUUUUAUUUUUUCUCCAUUAUUUGUAUUUACUCUAUGAAGUAAAACUGUUUGACAUUGUAUACUGGACAUAUUACUGAAACACACACGCACACAGAGCCAGAUGUUGACAUGGUGUUGUAUUUUAUUGUGUAGACACUGCUGAAUGUUCAGAAUAAAGAGUUUUUUCUGUUAAAA